GCACCGCCCGUUGCACUGCCUGCCCAGGCCGGACGAGGCGUGCGCCCGGCUCCCGCGCCAUGGGGCGGCUGGUGGCUGUGAGCCUGCUGGGGAUAUCGCUGGCGCUCCUGGGCGAGAGGUUCCUCGCCCUCAGAAAUCGACUUAGAGCCUCUGGAGGAGUAGAAUCCGUAGACCUUCCAAACUGCCACCUGAUUAAAGGAAUUGAAGCUGGCUCUGAAGAUAUUGACAUACUUCCCAAUGGUCUGGCUUUCUUUAGUGUGGGUCUAAAGCAUCCAGGACUCCACAGCUUUGCACCAGAUAAGCCUGGAGGAAUACUAAUGAUGGAUUUGAAAGAAGAAAAACCGCGGGCACUGGAAUUAAGAAUCAGCCGUGGGUUUAAUUUGGCUUCAUUUAAUCCACAUGGCAUCAGCACAUUUAUAGACAAUGAUGACACAGUUUAUCUCUUUGUUGUAAACCACCCAGAAAGCAAGAAUACAGUGGAAAUUUUUAAAUAUGAAGAAGAAGAAAAUUCUCUUUUGCAUAUAAAAACAGUCAAACAUGAGCUUCUUCCAAGCGUGAAUGAUGUUGUGGCUGUGGGACCUGCACAUUUCUAUGCCACCAAUGACCACUAUUUCUCUGACGUUUUCUUAAAGUAUUUGGAAACAUACUUGAACUUAAACUGGGCAAAUGUUAUUUACUACAGUCCAAAUGAAGUUAAAGUGGUAGCAGACGGAUUUGAUGCAGCAAGUGGCAUCAGUAUUUCACCUGAUAAGAAGUACAUCUAUGUUGCUGAUAUGCUGGCUCAUGAAAUUCAUGUUUUGGAAAAACACACUAAUAUGAAUUUAACUCAGGUGAAGGUACUCAAGUUGGAUACACUGGUGGAUAAUUUAUCUGUGGAUCCUUCCUCGGGGGACAUCUGGGUAGGCUGUCAUCCUAAUGGCCAGAAGCUCUUUGUGUAUGAUCCGGACAAUCCUCCUUCAUCAGAGAUUCUCCGUAUCCAGAAUAUUCUAACUGAGAAGCCUCCGGUGACUACAGUUUAUGCCAACAAUGGAUCUGUUCUUCAGGGAAGCUCCGUGGCCUCAGUAUAUGAUGGGAAGCUACUCAUAGGCACUUUAUACCACAGAGCCUUGUAUUGUGAACUCUAAAUUGUACUUUUGGUAUGCAAAUAGGACAACUUCUCUUAACAAUUUUCUAGGAAUUGCUAAUUCUGAGCAAAUCUACCCACAAAAUUCACCAAGAAAUGUAUGGCAUGCACAGUCCUCAGUGUCUGCAGGUUUCACAUCUGUGAAUUCGACCAACCACAGGUUGAAAAUAUUCGGGGCAGAAAAAAACCUUUUUUUUUUUGGUCGUUAUUCCCUAAACAAUACAUUAUAAAAACUAUUUUACAUAGCGUUUACAUUGUAUUAAGUAUUUUAAGUAAUCUGGAGAUGAUUUAAAGUAUAUGGGAGGACGUACGUAGGUUAUAUGCAGAUCCUAUGCCAUUUUAUCUAAGGGACUGGAGCAUUCUUGGAUUUUUGUAUCCAUGUGUGGGGUCCUGGAACCACUUCCCUGCAGAUACUGAGGGACAACUGUAUAGUUCAUUUUAUUUCAGUAAGGAAAGUCCCCUUCAAUUCUUAUAACAUUUUUUAUAUAAGAGGAAAAUGAACACUUAAAAAAAAAUGCCAAGAAUGAAAGAAGAAAGCUGCUUUCGGGUAAAGUAAAUACCCUUUGCACAAAAUAAGCCUCAACUUUGCCUUCCUAAUGCCAGAGCAUGAAUUCCACUGAUCUCCAUUGAGUUUUAUCUCCUUAAAAUGCGAGGGACCUCAGUUCCAACUGUGAGACCACUGUGACUGUUUAGAACUACUGAUAGAGAACAUUUACUGAUGUUUUGCCCUUACAAUUUUGUUUACUGCUUACAAGUUGGAGUUAUAUUAAAGACUAACUAAAGUAGGAGUUAUGUCGGUAUUUAAUUCACAAGGCAUGCCCUCAGGAGGAAUGACAAGGCAGCUGCUUCUGUAUGGUGUUUCCUUGAAAGAGGAGGGCAUGGCAAUGUUAAUUUCUCUCAUUGAAAGCUGAAUGUGAAUGGGCUCUUUAUUUAAAAAAAAAAAUGAAAUGAAACAAAAGAUCAACUAAAUACUGUAACUUGAAUUCUCAAUUAGUAUUGAGUAUUCCACCAGCCAUCUUCCCUAAUGGGAACCUACCCUGGACACAAAGAGGAAAUAAAAGGCUGGAGCUGGCAGAUCAUCCUGCCUCCUCACUGAACAGAUGUGUGAACUGGUGCCAGGAGAGAUGAAGUCAACAGUCCAGGCCACAAGAAUAACCAGCAGCAAUGCUGGGAUCAGCCUGCCUCAUAGGGGAGAGCUCUUUCCACUCAUUGUACCUCCCAGAAGACCAUCUUAAACCUGGAGAGAGACUUUCAUGUUUCUCUACACUGCAACCUCUCAAAGCACUUUACUUCAGGUCUCAUACUUUUUUCCCAUCUUCAUCAUCAUCAAAAUAUUUGCUAAUUACUUUCAGUGUGCCAGAUAAAAUCCCAAAACCAAACCCAUUGCUGUGGAGUUGAUUCCAACUCAUAGCAACCAUAUAGGACAAAGUAGAACUGCCCCAUAGGGUUUCUAAGGCCAGAAUCUUUAUGGAAGCGAACAGCUAUAUCUUUCUGCCUUGGAGCAGCUGAUAGUUUGAACUGCCGACCUUUUGGUUAGCAGCUGAGCACUUUAACCAGUGUGCCAGCAGGUCUCCAGAUGUGCAUGAUAAUAACCUAUAAUGAUUACAUGCAUUAUCUCAUUUAAUCCUAAUCAGAGCCCUGAGGGAGUAGGACUAACAGUUCACAGACAUUCAAGAUACCCACCUAGUAAGGGUUGGCUCUCAAUCUACCUCUGAUCCCAGAGCCUGCACCCUUAUACUACGUGAAGCUACUACCAUAGUACUAAUGGUUUUAAAAUAUAAUUUUACAGAAGUAUUCUUCAAUUUGGCCUCUGUCAAUUUGGCCUGCGCUUUUACUUAUAUUUUAAAAUAAUCUGUUAAUAAUGUAUAUUGGAUAUAGUUUAUGCUAAAAUAAUUACUGUUUUUUGCUGUCUCCAUUGGAAAGUGUUAAGUCACAGAUGAAUACAGCGAGAUUAAAUAUCUUUCACCAACUGACCCAAAACCAGUAAGUAUGUCUUUUAGAUUUUAAGGGAUUCUAACAUUGAUUACCUAUAAAGCUUUAUUCAUAAAAAGUUCCUGAAUACAAUAGGCAAAAAAUAAACUUCUGUUGUCUUUAUUACUUAUUAUCUUUGUUAAAAAUUUUAUUUGGCAAAAGUAGAUAUAAGUUAAUAAAUAUAUGUAUUUAUUUGAGAUAGGAAUUUUCAAAAUAAACUUUGAUUUGUGGCCUCUGUGUGCCAUGAGGGAGUCUUUUUCAUCAAAUCAUAAGUAUUUUUGUGCACCUAUGUAUGGUGAUCUUAUUGUGAUCAUUUACGGACUUUUAACAGUUUGGUCAUUGACAGGUCAGAUCAUUCAAAAGAAUUGAAACUGCAAUUCGGAUAUGUCACCACUAGGCGGACAUAGGUGACAUAUUUGAGUGUGUGUGUGUGUGUUAAUCUUUUAAAUCUGAGAUCCUAUUCAAUGACAAUAUAUAGGAUGUAGAACAUUUUCUUUACAAACGGUGUUAUGCCAAUUAAGCUAGAUGUUUCCUGAGACCAUGGUCCCAAGCCCUCAGCCCAGCAUUUCAGUCCCCCACGGAGUUUGUUUGUGCAUAUGGGGCUUCCAUGACCUUGCCUUGGUCAAGUUGUACUGGCUUCCCCAUUAUUUUGUUCUGUCUUACCCUUCACCAUAGUUACCAUUUACCUAUUGUCUAUUUAGUGUUUUUCCCUCCCCACCUGUCCCCUCCCUCAGAAUCAUCAAAGAUUGUUUCUUUUUGUGUGUAAACCUUUUCAUGAGUUUUUAUAAUAGUGGUCUCAUAAAAUAUUUCCCCUUUUGCGAUUGACUUAUUUCACUCAGCGUAAUACCCUCUAGAUUCAUCUAUAUUGUGAGAUGUUUCCCAGAUUCAUCAUUGUUCUUUAUUUUUGCGUAGUAUUCCAUUUUGUGUUUAAACCAUAGUUUAUUUAUCCAUUCAUCUGUUGAUAGGCACUUAGGUUGUUUCUAUCUUUUUGCUAUUGUGAACAAUGCUGCAGUGAACAUGGUGUACAUAUCUAUUCAUUAGACAGAUCUUAUUUCUCUAGGAUAUAUUCCUAGGACUGGGAUUGCUGGAUCAUACAAUAUUUCUGUUUCUAGCUUUUUAAGGAAGCACCAUACUGUUUUCUAAAUUGGUUGUACCAUUUUCCAUUCCCAUCAGCAUAGCAUAAGUGUUCCAAUCUCCCCACAAUCUCUUCAAUAUUUGUUAUUUUCUGGUUUUUUGAUUAGUGCCAAUAAUGUUGGGGUGAGGUGGUAUCUCAUUUGUGGUUUUGAUUUGCAUUUCUCGAAUGGCUAGUGGGAAACUCUGGUGGCAUAGUGGUUAAGAGCUAUGGCUGCUAACCAAAAGGUUGGCAGUUUGAAUCCACCUGGUGCUCCUUGGAAACUCCAUGGGGCAGUUCUACUCUGUCCUAUAGGGUUGUUAUGAGUAGGCAUUGACUUGACAGUAGCGGGUAAUGGCUAGUAAUUGAUUGUGAGCAUUUCCUCAAUGUGUCUGUUAGCCUCCUGAAUGUCUUCUUUGGUGCACUAUCUGCUCCUUUGCCCAUUUUCAGUUAACUUUUUAAAUUUCAGUGUAUUGAAUGGCUUUCAUAUGGCCAGUCCUGAGCUAACCAUUAGGAUACAACAGUGAACCAGACACAAUGCUUGUAUUUCUAGUGGGAGAUUCAACAAACGAGCAACAAAACAAAACAAAACAAAAGGAGUGAUGAUGAGAGGAACAGCACAGAGAAAUGUGAUUAGAGGAUAAUUUGGAGAAAUCAAAUAAAAAAAAUUUAAGUCUACAGAAGAGUUGAAAGAGUAACGCAGUGACUUCCUUAUACUCUACCUAUAAUCUGUUAUCAUCAAUUAUCACUUUGUCACAUUUUCCUUACCUUCCUGAGUAUAGAUGUUUUUAUAUUUCUGAGCCAUUUGAAAGCAAGAUGGAGAUAUGCGAAACUUCAUUCCUGCGUACUUCAGCUUGCAACUCCUAAUAAUAAUGUCAUUCUCCCACAUAAUCACAAUGCUAUCAUUUAAAGAAAAAAAAAAAAACCGUUCCCGUUGAGUCGAUUCUGACUCAUAACAACCCCACAAGGACAGAAUAGAACUGCUCCCGUAGGGCUUCCGAGGAGCAGCUGAUGGAUUCCAACGGCCGGCAUUUUGGUCAGCAGCUGAAUGCUUCACCACUGCACCACCAGGGCUCCCAAUGCUAUCAUAGCAGGUAAGAAAAAGGAGUGAUACUUCGAUAAUAUCUAAUAUCUAGUCCAGAUUCAAAUUGCUUCAGUUGUCUCCAAAUGUCUUUAAUAGCUACUUUCUCUCUCCCGUCUCUAAUCCAGGAUCCAGUCAAGGUUCGUGAUUCAUAUUUGCUUGUUAUAUCUUUAGUCUUUUAAUCUAAAAACGUUACUCUAUCAUUUUUUUGUUUUGUUUUUCAUGGCACCACCUUUUGUUGAGUGCAGGCAAGAUGUUUUGUGGAAUGUCCUGCAUUCUGGAUUUAUUUUUUUAUUUCUUCUUGGAGGUCUUAAUUCAACAUCAUUUAUAUUCCCUGUAAAUUGGAAGUUACUAGAGGCUUAAUUAGAUUCUGGUUUGCCAAUUUUGGCAAGAAAACUUCACAAGCUGUAUGUGUUUCAUUUUGCAUUGUAUCAGAAUAUAAGGACAAGUCGUUCUGCUAUUGUUGUUGUUAGGUGUCGUGGAAUAGAUUUUCAACUCAUAGCAUCACAAUGUGACAGAGUAGAACUGCCCCAUAGGGUUUUCUAGGCUGUAAUUUUUACAGGAGCAGAUCGCCAGGCCUUUUCUCCUGCAGAGCCACUGGGUGGGUUCAAACCUUCAAACUUUUGGUUAGCAGCUGAGUGCUUAACUUUUGUGCCACAGGGCUCCUAGUUCCACUAUCAGUGAUACAAAAUCUGAACAAUAGGUUAAGGUGGUGAUCACCAGCUCUAUAAAGAUAAUUUUUUUUUUCUAUUUAUAAAUCUGGAUGAAUACCCUGUUUCCUAAAAUCUUUCAGCCAGUAGUUUUAGCACAUAUUAAUGACUCUGGCCUGAUCAGUUUCUGGUAGUCCCUGACUUAAAACGGAGCUCCAUUCUGACAACUCCAUCGCAAGUUGGCUCUGAUGUAAUUCGAAUACCUCUUUUUUUUUUUUUUAAGUUUUCAUUAUUAUUGCCUUUUAUUUUCGGUAUAUUUAUAAAUCAUAGCAUUGAACAUUUGCAAGUGAACAUCUGAGAAUUAUAACAUCAGCAAAUUAUGUACUGCAACACUGUAUGUAGUACAUAUUACUAACAAUAAGGUGUACAAAAAAAAAUAAACAGAUGGUCCCAAGUGUGGUUUGUCGUCACUUGAAUACAUUGUAAAUAAGGGGCUACCUGUAUUAUAUUGCAAAAUAGUGCUUUUUUCCUACCAUUUUUUUGUACAUAUAUUGGUGGGCAGUACUCUAUUUAAAAAAAAAAAAAAAAAAAACUCUCUUUGCACUGCUCUCAUUCUGCCCCUCAGGCUCUUGUGUAUUCUCUCUGUGUGUCUCUCUUUCUGUAUCAGUUAUGGAUUGUGGAUUUUUUUAUUCAGUGAGUUAUAAUCAGUUAUAAUGGUAAUUUGGGAUAUUCAGCUUCUCUCACAUUGAGCCAGAAGAAGCCCAUCAAGCUGGCUCCAGUGUUGUCAUGACAUAAGCCGAUCAUACUAGAGCCCCCCUUGCUUUUUGGCACAAUGUCAUGUCCCAGACUCUGUUCUUUCUCUCCUCCAGACUUGGAGUCAGCCACCACUGAUUCCAAAAAAAAAAAAAGAAAAGAAAGGAAUUCUUUGGAGAAAUCAGUGCCUGCCAAUAGGGUCUCUAUGAGUCAGAAUGGAACUUGGUGGCAACAGGUUUGGUUUUGUUUUUUUUAAUAUGCCACUACUAGGUGGAUAUAGGUGCCAUAUUUUUGUGUGUAUGUGAAUGUGUUUUAAUCUAGGAUCCUGUUCAGUGUCAAAAAAAUAUCCUUUUGAUUUUUCACAAAACCUCAGCUCUUUGACAAUGGCUGGGUGGGAACAUGAAUACCCAAUACAGUGAGCAAGAGAAAUUAAAAAUAAUAGAUGUGCCGCUAGUGGUGGCAUAUAGGUACUGAUUUCUCUAUGGAAUCCCAAUUUCUUUUUUAAAUUUUAUUGUGGUAAAAUAUAUAUAAGGAGCCUUGGUGGCACAAUGGUUGAGCACUCUGCUGCUAAUCAAAAAGUUGGCAGUUUGAACCCACCCAGCUUCUCCACAGGAGAAAGACCUGGAGAUCUGCUCCCAUAGAGAUUACAGCCUAGAAAACCCUAUGGGGCAGUUCUACUCUGUCACAUGGGGUCAUUAUGAGUCAGAAUCAAUUCAGUGGCACCCAAAACAACUAUAUAUGUAUCUCUCUCUCAGAAAGUUUGCCAUUUUAACCAUUUUUAAGUGUAUAGUUCAGUGACAUUAAUUACAUUGACCAUGUUGAGUUACCAUCACCAUAAUCUAUUUCCAGAAGUUUUACAUUACUGCAAACAGAAACUCAGUAUUUUUUCAGCAAUAACUCCCAUUUCCUCCUCCCCCAGCCCCACUUUUGAAUUCCUCUGUCCUCUCUUUCACUGACAACAAGCGCUUUUUAUAUACCAAUGUACCUAGUGGUCUCUGGAUGAAGCCAAUUUGACCUAUUGUCAGAGUUUUCUGUGUUUUGUU